UGCCAUUUUUCGUACAAUUAUGCUAAACAUCAAUUAAUUUAAAGGAGAAAACCAAAUAAUCUUACAUUGUUUUCGAGCAAGAACUUCUUUUGCUUUUUAAAAGCUUAUAUAAAAGUGCUAACGGAUAAUGUUAAAAUCUUUCACGUUCGAUACAUUCAAGCUACGUUCAGCUACGAAACAAAUCUUUGGAACACAUCAGCACUAUUGUGCACUGAAUGACAAUCAAAGUCAUGGCCAAAGCGUGGAAGUAAGAAAAGCGUUAGAAGGAUGGGACGAAAAAUUGAAAGAAGCUGGCGUCGGUGACAUUGAAUUUAAUUUAAAAUGUUUGGUUGCUCAUGUACUUAAAAGGAAAUUCAGUACGUUAAAAUCUUAUAAAACGGAGAAAUUCACUGCCCAACAGCAUUCCGAAUUCUCACGUCUCUGCGAAGCCCGUUGUGCCCGUAUGCCUUUGCAGCACAUAUUGGGCGAGUGGGAUUUCAUGGAUUUAACUUUGAAAACAGCGCCAACGGUAUUCAUACCACGACCGGAAACCGAAGAAUUUGUAUCGAAAGUUAUAGAAGAAUACCGAAGUGUGAAGCAACCAAUUGAUAUGUUAGAAGUAGGUUGCGGCUCUGGUGCCAUAUCCUUAGCAAUAUUGAAUGCUUUACCUCAAGUUACAAGUACAGCAAUUGAACGUAGUAAGGUAGCUACAACUUUGGCUUGGGAAAAUGCGAAAUUCCUAAAACUAAGCGAUCGUUUCACUCCUUAUAAUCACACGACUUCAAAAAAUAACUAUUUACCUAAAGAGUUGGCGAAUAGAAAAUUUGAUUUAAUUGUUUCAAAUCCUCCAUAUGUGAGAACAGAAGAGUUUCCUUUAUUGCAACCCGAAGUGACACUCUACGAAAACCUAAAUGCGUUAGAUGGUGGUUCGGAUGGUUUGCAAAUCGCUCGUUUGGUUUUCGAUUUAGCUUGUCUACAUCUUCGUCCAGGCGGAAAGUUAUGGUUAGAAUUGGGCAGUGAGCAUCCACCAUUAGUUAAAACCAUAAUGAAUUUACAAUACGAAGGCCGUUUACGAUUCAUUUCCGGCUACAUCGAUCAAUACAAACGUGACCGCUUCGUGGAAAUUGAAAAAGUCUAACAUUAAAUUAUAUUUGCCAUCGUAGACUAUGUAUAUUAAUUUUUGUGAUUCCUUUCAUAGAGUAAUAAAUUACACUUUAAAGAUUCUACAAUA